GGCCUGGGCCCUGGGCCGGUGGGAGAGGAGUCGCAUCCAAGAUGGCGGCGUGCGGACGUGUCCCGGCGCGGAGCGGCGUCCGGGGCCCCUUCCUGGCCCUGCUGCUGGUGGCCCUGGCGCCCGGGGGGGCCCAGCCCGGAGGCGCGCCCGGGGGAGCCUUCGCCGGCCAGGCGCCGCCCCCGCAGCAGCCCGCCGCCGCCGCCGCCGCCGCCGCGCUCGGGGCCCAGCAGCAGCAGCCACAGCCGCCCCCUCAGCAGCCCGGGAGAGGGCCUCGCCUCGGCCUCGGCGGCGGCGGCGCCUCCUCCUCCUCGUCGUCGUCGGGCGGGUGGAAGCUGGCCGAGGAGCCCGCCUGCCGCGAGGACGUGGGCCGCGUCUGCCCCAAGCACGCCUGGGCCAACAACCUGGCCGCCCUCGAGUGCCUCCAGGACGUCAGGGAGCCGGACAAUGAGAUUUCAUCAGACUGCAACCAUCUGUUGUGGAACUACAAGCUGAACCUGACUGCAGAUCCGAAAUUCGAAACGGUGGCCAGAGAAGUCUGCAAAACCACCAUCUCGGAGAUCAAAGAGUGUGCCGAUGAGCCGAUGGGGAAAGGCUACCUGGUCUCCUGCUUGGUGGACCACAGAGGAAACAUCACGGAAUACCAGUGUCACCAGUACAUCACCAAAAUGACAGCUGUCAUCUUCAGCGACUACCGCCUGAUCUGUGGCUUCAUGGACGACUGUCGGAAUGACAUCAAUCUCCUGAAGUGCGGCAGCGUCCGGCCUGGAGAAAAGGAUGCCCAUUCCCAGGGAGAGGUGGUGGCGUGCCUGGAGAAGGGCCUGGUGAAGGAGGCGGAGGAGCGGGAGCCCCGCAUCCGGGUCUCGGACGUCUGCAAGAAGGCCAUCCUCCGCGUGGCAGAACUCUCCUCCGACGACUUCCACCUCGACCGGCACCUCUACUUCGCCUGCCGGGACGAUCGGGAGCGUUUCUGCGAAAACACUCAAGCUGGAGAAGGACGGGUUUACAAGUGUCUCUUUAACCACAAAUUUGAAGAGUCGAUGAGUGAAAAGUGUCGCGAUGCCUUGACCACACGGCAGAAGCUGAUUGCGCAAGACUACAAGGUCAGCUACUCCUUGGCCAAGUCCUGCAAAAGUGACCUGAAGAAGUACCGCUGCAACGUGGAGAACCUGCCCCGCUCCCGGGAGGCCCGCCUCUCCUACCUGCUCAUGUGCCUGGAGUCCGCUGUGCACAGAGGCCGGCAGGUGAGCAGCGAAUGCCAGGGCGAAAUGCUGGACUACCGGCGCAUGUUGAUGGAGGACUUCUCGCUCAGCCCCGAGAUCAUCCUGGGCUGCCGCACCGAGAUCGAGCACCACUGCUCGGGGCUGCACCGCAAGGGCCGCACCCUCCACUGCCUCAUGAAGGUCGUGCGCGGAGAGAAGGGCAGCCUGGGCGUCAACUGCCAGCAGUCGCUUCAGACGCUCAUCCAGGAGGCAGACCCGGGUGCCGAUUACCGCAUCGACAGAGCGUUGAACGAGGCCUGCGAGUCGGUGAUACAGACGGCCUGCAAACACAUCCGAGCCGGAGACCCCAUGAUUCUCUCCUGCCUUAUGGAGCACUUGUACACGGAGAAGAUGGUGGAGGAUUGCGAGCACCGGCUCCUGGAGCUUCAGUACUUUAUCUCACGGGAUUGGAAGUUGGACCCGGUCCUGUACCGCAAGUGCCAGGGGGAUGCCUCCCGGCUGUGCCACACGCGCGGGUGGAACGAGACCAGCGAGAUGAUCCCUCCCGGCGCCGUCUUCUCCUGCCUCUACCGGCACGCCUAUCGCACCGAGGAGCAGGGCCGGAGGCUCUCCAGGGAAUGCCGAGCCGAGGUCCAGCGCAUCCUGCACCAGCGCGCCUUGGACGUGAAGCUGGACCCGGCCCUCCAGGACAAGUGCAUGAUCGACCUGGGAAAGUGGUGCAGCGAGAAGACCGAGACCGGACAGGAACUGGAAUGCCUCCAGGACCAUUUGGACGACUUGGUCGCCGAGUGCAGAGACAUCGUUGGAAACCUGACGGAGCUGGAGUCGGAGGAUAUCCAGAUCGAAGCCUUGCUGAUGCGGGCUUGCGAGCCCAUCAUCCAGACCUUCUGCCACGAAAUGGCAGACAACCAAAUCGACUCUGGAGACCUCAUGGAGUGCCUCAUUCAGAACAAGCACCAGAAGGAGAUGAAUGAGAAGUGUGCCAUCGGAGUCACGCACUUCCAGCUGGUCCAAAUGAAAGAUUUCCGCUUCUCCUACAAGUUCAAGAUGGCCUGCAAGGAGGACGUGCUCAAGCUGUGCCCCAACAUCAAGAAAAAGGUGGAUGUGGUGAUCUGCCUGAGCACCACCGUGCGCAAUGACACGUUGCAGGACGCCAAGGAGCACCGGGUCUCCGUCAAGUGCCGCAAGCAGCUCCGGGUGGAGGAGCUGGAAAUGACGGAGGAUAUCCGAUUGGAACCAGACCUUUACGAGGCCUGCAAGUCGGACAUCAAAAACUAUUGCCAGAACGUUCCCUACGGCAAUGCUCAGAUUAUCGAGUGUCUGAAGGAAAACAAGAAACAGCUGAACACCCGCUGCCACCAGAAGGUCUUCAAGCUCCAGGAGACAGAGAUGAUGGACCCAGAGCUGGACUACACCCUCAUGCGGGUCUGCAAGCAGAUGAUUAAGAGAUUUUGCCCUGAGGCCGAUGCAAAGACCAUGCUGCAUUGCUUGAAGCAGAACAAGAACAGCGAGGUGAUGGAUCCCAAGUGCAAGCAAAUGAUCACCAAGCGCCAGAUUACACAGAAUACAGAUUACCGCCUGAACCCGGCUCUCCGGAAGGCCUGCAAAGCGGACAUCCCCAAGUUCUGCCAGAGCAUCCUGAGCAAAGCCAAGGACGACUCGGAGCUGGAGGGACAGGUCAUCUCCUGCCUGAAGCUGAAAUACGCAGACCUGCGCCUCUCCACCGACUGCGAAGACCAGAUCCGCAUGAUUAUUGAGGAGUCGGCCCUGGACUACCGGUUAGACCCUCAGCUGCAGAUGCACUGCUCCGAUGAGAUUUCCAACUUGUGCGCAGAGGAAGCGGCCGCCCAGGAGCAGACGGGGCAGGUGGAAGAGUGCCUCAAAGUGAACCUGCUGAAAAUUAAGGCGGACAUGUGCAAAAAGGAGGUGCUGAACAUGUUGAAAGAGAGCAAAGCGGACAUCUUUGUCGACCCCGUCCUCCACACGGCCUGCGCCCUGGACCUCAAGCACCACUGCGCUGCCAUCCCGCCCGGGCGGGGGAGACAGAUGUCCUGCUUGAUGGAGGCCUUGGAGGACAAGCGCGUGCGGCUGCAGCCGGAGUGCAAGAAGCGCCUGAACGACCGGAUUGAAAUGUGGAGCUAUGCCGCCAAGGUGGCUCCCGCGGAAGGCUUUUCGGACCUGGCCAUGCAAGUGAUGACGUCCCCGUCCAAGAACUACAUCCUGUCGGUGAUCAGCGUGGGCAUCUGCGUGCUCUUCCUGAUCGGCCUGAUGUGUGGGCGCAUCACCAAGCGAGUGACACGAGAGCUGAAGGACAGGUAGAGCCUGCUUUGGCCGCCGCUGCUGUGGAGGGAAGCGGAAGGAUGGAAGGAAGGAUGGAAGGAUGGAAAGAAGGAAGGAAGGAAGGCCCUGUCCGCCCACCCACCCGCCCGCCGUUGCCCCGUUUGUACAGCCCUCUCUCUCUGUAUAGUCUCCUGGCCCUCCUCCCUCCCUCUCUCCCCCUCUCUCUCUCUCUCUCUCGGGAGAGCCGUGCGAGCGAAGGCGACAACAAGCGAGCGGCCGUGCGUGCCGGUGGGGUUCCUGCCUCCCCCGCGACGCCUCACCCUCGGACCGCGCUGCCACGCAGCUUCGUGACCCCAUCGUUAGCGACUGUCGUUUGCCUGCCUGUAGACACGUCUCUCUCUCUCUUUCUCUCUCUCUCUUCUUUCUUCUCUCUCUUUCCUCGUUCUCUUGGAACUGCCUUCGCUCUCCAAACCAGACUGACAACCUGCAGCUCGCUCGAGGAGGUUUUUCAAGUAAAUUUUUAAAAAGAUGGCUUCCCGGCGUCGUGUUGGGCCGCGGGCUUUGUGUGUGUGUGUCUGGGAAGGGGGAUGAUGGGCGGGAAGGGCCUCGCUUUGGACGUUGGCUCCACAACCAUCCCCAGCGGAAACAUCUCCUCCGGGAUCCAUCCUUCAUCCGCAAUCAAUCGGCUUCUGUCGCCGUUGUUCUGUUUGUGUGUCUUCUUUUUCCUUAUUUUUUUUGAGCUUCUUCCUACAAUUUUUUUUUGUUUUGUUUUGCCAAAAAAGGCCUUUUGUAGUUUAACUUCCACGUUUGGGAUUAAUAAAGUCAAGCGCUUGUACAGGUUCCCUUUGCAGGAAAAAGGAAAAAAUAGACCGUGCUCCGGUGUGCAACGAGUAAGAAAAAGAAGGGCACUUUGACGGGGCACAUCUGGGAAAGUUUGGAAAGUUGCUUCCAGUUACGUGCAAAUUACUGACACAACACAAGGUGUAUUUAGUAUUAACAGCUGGAGGGAAACUUCUACUGUUUUGGAAUAUCAUUUAAGGGAUUUUGAGUAUCUGGUUAGGACAGCAAGGAAUUGCAAGGAGAAAAAGAAAGCGUUAAAAGGAGAAGGGAAACUAUAUAUUUGCAGAAACAACACACUUGCAGAUCCCUCUUUGUUUUGAGUGCGGGAUCGUUCUUAGUCUUGGGAAAACGGGAAGUAAACCCAGGAAAUAUUGGUGUGUCUAGCUGGGAACCUAUUGAACUGUUGUAGCCUGGUUUUCCCGUGAUCUGGAGCAACUAUCCCCACAUCCCCUCUUCUCUCCACAAUUGCUCCGCGCCCCGCAUUCAUUUUGCAAAAGCCUUUCUGGAAAAGGACCAUUUCUCUGUGACGGGGGGACGGCAACACGGUCUCUUGCGUCCCAGUACUGUGAAUAUUUCCUGCUGCUCUUGAAAUUAGAAUUUAGCUCUCGGAAGCCUGGAUGGAGCUGUGUCUUGUUGUCAUCCGACCGGGAAGGGAGCAACGCAGUCCCACUUUUUAUAUAUAUAUAUCUCCGUAGAUGGCAAACUGGGACGGUUUGCGCAUGGCUUUGGAUGGCGGCAUGCGAAUAGGAACCCGGCCAAGUUGACCUGCCUUUGCUUCUGUUUAUUGACCACCUGGAUCUGGUUGGAAUGAAGCGAACUGUGAACCCAAAAAUGCCAUCUCCCCUAUUCCUGGUACUAUCAAGUCCUCCGAAAAUCGGUUGUGCCAUCAUUGCCCCAAAGAGUGUCCAUCUCCGUGAUAUGUUUCCAAGGGCCUUAGUCUCUCCUAUUUAGCAGGAUCUCCUUCCAAGGUCUUGGUUUGGACGUUGGUGGCUGUGACCCCGUCUCUUCUGCAUCUAAAACCCAGACCAAGAGGGAGAUGUUGUCCCUCUCCCUGAAAAGGCCUGGGGAGGGACCAUGAAUUUGCAAUUAUUUGGAGACUUAGGGAGGCAGCAUAGAGACAGAUCGGGUCCAGAACUUUGGAAGAUAUCAGGAGGAAAACGGUGUUUGUAGAAGUGGUUGAACUUUGUGCUGAAAGAUGCUGAAAAAGGAGAGGCAUGAGGUGUCUUUGUCCAACCACAAUUGCCUUCCCUUGCUCUGAGUGUGAAUGUCGCAUUGGUCACUGAGCAUGGCUGGAUCUAGCUGCGUUCAGGUCUCCUGGGAUUCUUUUGCAACUCGACCUUUGUGUGCAUCCUCAAGGCAAAGCUUCGUUUUUGUCCCUCUGAUGCUACCCAAGUUUAAGAGAGAGCUCUAGCUUUUCCAAGAAGUGUGAGUGCACCAUGAGGGCCUGGUAGUAGAGAUAACCACUGUGAUAGAAGGGCACUGCAUUGAGUUUUUGUAGGGUAAGACACGAGAAAGGGCUGUUGCUGGAAGAAGACUGAAAAGGUUGGGUGCUGCACUUGAGAUGCUUGGGAAGCAGGCACAAAAGUACGAGCUUCUAUCCGCCAUGCUUCUGUUUUGCUUUAGUUCCUCUCUUUGAAGAACUUGUGGUGCUUCUGGCUUUUCUUAUUUCGCUCCGGCGUCCUGGUGCCGAGUGUUGGGAUUGUUCCUCCCAGGAUGAUUUGUUGACGGGCACCAUGGUGUAGUUGGAGCUCUGCUUUGAGAAAAGAGGCAAGAGAUGCAUGAUGAAGGAUGAUGGGAUGCUUUGUUGACAGGCACCAUGACGUUGCUGAAGCUCUUCUCUGAGAAGACAGUCAGGAGAUGUAUGAAGAAGUGGUGUUGUGACCAUUUGGGGAGUUAGCAUCCCUCCUUUGAGACUCUGUGAGGAUGAUGGGAUGAUGAGCACCAUGACGUUGUAGCUCUGCUUUGAGACGCCGUGAGGAUGAUGGGAUGCUUUCUUAACAGGCACCAUGGGGUAGUUGGAGCUUUUCUCUGAGAAGACAGUCAGGAGAUGUAUGAAGAAGUGGUGUUGUGACCAUUUGGGGAGUUAGCAUCCCUCCUUUGAGACUCCGUGAGGAUGAUGGGAUGCUUUGUUGACGGGCACCAUGGUGUAGUUGGAGCUCUUCUCUGAGAAGACAGUCAGGAGAUGUAUGAAGAAGUGGUGUUGUGACCAUUUGGCGAUUUAAUAUCCCUUCUUUGUGACUAUGAGGAUGAUGGGAUGCUUUGUUGACGGUCACCAUGACGUAGUUGGAGCUCUUCUCUGAGAAGACAGUCAAGAGAUGUAUCCCUCUUUUGUAACUCUGUGAGGAUGAUAGGAUGCUUUGAUGGGCACCAUGAUGUUGUUGGAGCUCUUCUCUGAGAAGACAGUCAAGAGAUGUAUGAAGAAGUGGUGUUGUGACCAUUUGGGGAGCUAGCAUCCCUCCUUUGAGAUUCUGUGAGGAUGAUAGGAUGCUUUGUUGACGGGCACCAUGAUGUUGUUGGAGCUCUUCUCUGAGAAGACAGUCAAGAGAUGUAUGAAGAAGUGGUGUUGUGACCAUAUGGGGACCAUCCUAUGAAGAUGAUGGGAUGCUUGGUUGACGGGCACCAUGACGUUGUUGUAGCUCUGCUUAGGGAGCAGAAGUCUUCUCUUUCCACCCGUGCUCAUUCUGCAGGACCAGUUCCUUACCGCCAUUGCUUGUGGACUACUUGACCCCCGGUUUGGCCAGCUACCCUUUCUCUUAUUUCCAGUGCGCUUCCGGAGCUCAUAACUGUGAUUUUUCCCAUUGCAGAUGGACCAAGGCUGGCACGUUUUGGGAAUGAGAGAAGGCCCUGCUGCAGCAACGAGAGAGACAACAAAUGGUUGGCUGACCUUAAGUCCUUUUGAAACAGGUACGGGCAAAAUUUGGCUGUCUAGGUGUUUUGGACUUCAACUCCCAUCAUUCCUAACAGCCUCGGGCCCUUUCCUUUCCCGCCUCAGCCGCUUAAGCGGCUGAGGCGGGAAAGGAAGGGGCCCGAGGCUGUUAGGAAUGAUGGGAGUUGAAGUCCAAAACACCUAGACAGCCAAGUUUUGCCUGUACCUAUUUCAAAACAAACAUAACAUUAACAAGAAGGUCUUCUUCUUCUUUUUGUAAAUUGAUUCAUCCCCGCUUUCCCGUCCCUUCUUUUUCUGUGUACAAAAAAAAAUAAUACUUGGCCAUCCUUUGUUUUUACCAUGUCCAUGCUGUGUAAUUUUUGGAACUGUUACCGAUAACUGAACAUAAUGUGCAUUUUUGUUUUCUUUUCUGUACAGAUGAAAUGCGAGAAUUUAAUAAAAAAGAGUCUGCAGGUUC